GCCGACUGCCAAUGACGAGUAAAUUACGAGAACUUCCGAUUGGUUGCGUCUGGUAUUUCACUAAGAAAACUCUAGAGGACUACCAUGCCGAUCACGUGACUGGACAAGAUGGCAGACAAACCGAGUUUACGCUCAUCGCUACUUUCAUUUUGCCUUUUUACUGCCGCCCUGGCUAAGAAAAUGCCAUACGAGUUCAUAGUGGAACAAACAAAUACUUAUAUUCUACCUUCACUCCCUUACGGUUAUAAAGAGUUGGAGCCAUUCAUUGAUGAAGCCACAGUGCGCGUACAUCAUCUCGGUCACCAUGCUGCAUAUACUAACAAAAUGAACGCCGCCAUGCAGCAAUGGGAAAGAGAGAAUGAGAUCAGAGAAACCGAUUCAGUUGUCGAGAAAUCAAUAUUACAAAUUCUGCACAGACUUGAUGAUGUACCAGAAAAAUAUAGAAGUGGAAUAAGAAACAAUGGUGGAGGAUAUGUGAACCACAAUUUAUACUGGUCAGUGAUGUCACCAAAUCCAAACUCAGAUGACAGAGAGCCGAUCAAUCAACUAGGAAAAGACAUGGUUGAAAAUUUUGGAAAUUUUUCUAAUUUCAAAGAAUUGUUUACAAAGGAAGCCCUUUCUCUAUUUGGAUCAGGUUAUGUGUGGCUGAGCAGAGAUAUCAACCAAAAUGGCAAACUUGUCAUUUCGAAAACCACCAACCAGGACUCGCCUUUUGAGGAUGGAUUCCUGCCAAUCUUAGUGAUUGAUAUUUGGGAGCAUGCUUACUACAUCAAACAUCAGAAUCGUCGGCCAAAGCAUGUGUCUGAUUGGUGGAAUCUUGUUGACUGGUCAUCCGUAGAAGAACUUGAUAAAUGGUGGAAAGGACUAAACUAUCUCUUCCAUGAUGAAUUGUAAUUGAUCAACAUCAGUUCUGACCCCAUUUAUCAGUUCACAAGAUCCCUUCUUAAGAUGAUUGAACUUUGAUAAAGAAAAAAUCCCCUAAACUUCAAGUACCGUAUUUAUUCUAAAAAACGCCCCAGGGGCUUGCAAUUUUUCAUAGGGGGGGCGUUUAAUAGAAAGCAAAAUUUCAGUCGAUAACAUGAAACAAGUGUUUAUCUGUCCAUUGUAAAAGGAAGUGACAAACAUUUUGGCACUUGUGUAUGAAAUUGCACUAACAUAAACAUUGUUGUUUUGGUUUAAACUAUUAAAUGUUCUAAUCUCUGGACACAUAUGGAUGGAUAUCAAUAAAACAUGGAAGGGGGAGAGGGCGUUUAUUAGAAUAAAUACGGUAUAUAAUUUUAAGCUCACCAUCUAGAUGGUGGGCCAUAUUCAAAUCGCCUUUCGUCGGUGGGUCAUCUAUUAACAAUCCUCGUUAUAGCUACUACUAGCUCAGAAAGUUCUUCAUGGAUCUUUCUCCAAUUUCACCUCUAGGUUCCACAUGGUCUGAAGUUGUGCAUGUUCCAUUUAGUGUUCUUGAAUUUCAUUUGGAUUCCUCUUGUACCAGUUGAUGUUUUUUAACCCCAUUUCUCAGAACUCUUUAAUGGAUCAUUCCGAGAUUUAUUUUGUUGGUUCCUCUAGAAAAAAUCAGUCUUACAGAGAUUCAAUAAAGGUUAUUUGAUGAUGAGUGCCAAGAUCCCUCAGGGCUGGGACAUUGUUUAUAAUCAGGACAAAAUUGUUUAUUUAGCUUCUUAAUAUACAUGCAUGUAUAUCAUUGGUCCAUCAUGUCAUUGUUCAUCGUAAAUGUAUAUCAUUGUUCCGAAUUCCCAGAUAUUACAGUAAUCUUUCCCAGAUUUCCUUUCACAAACUAAUAUAUGUACCUUCUGUUACGCUCUUAAGAGACUGAUAUUUCAGAUAACCGAGUCCCAACUAUUUUUUUGCUAAAUGAAAUACGGUAUUUCAUUUGUCUCUUCCUCUUCAAACUUUAAUUAAAUGACUGAACAAAACAAUAAAGUUGUUUGAAAUAUCAAA